AUGGAGGAAAGAGAAAGAGAAAUUGGAGAUAAGAAGUGUCUAGGAAGACAAACGGGAGAAAUCGAAUCAACCAGUAGCGUUCCUGACCGCCCGACUACUGCUGCGGAAGGGGGCAGUGAUCGGAAAGCAGAAGAUGAGAUAGACUCGAAGUUGGACGUUAGUUCUGAUCAGUUUGACCCAUUGCUUGCGUUGUAUUCCCCACAAGUUCCCUUGCCUUACCCCAAUAUCAAGUGCUUCAACAACAUCGCCGAGUAUGAGAGCUUCCUUAAAGGAGGCCGUGGAAGGGCCAAGCCAGAGAAUGUGGAGAAACGGCUCAGGAAAGCGCAGAAAGGUGUUCCGGACCCAGAGAGGAUAGAGAGACUGAAAAAGCUUAUGGUGAAUGUGCCGUCAGAGGAAGCAGGGAGCAGCGGUAACAGGAGGCCUCCCCGAAAACAGAAGGCAGCCAAAAAUGUCCUGACAAGGAUGCCCCUGCACAAAGGCAGUCCGCUUGGAGAGCUGCACCGCUGUGUCCAGGAGAGGAUACGGGUCAAAGUGCACAUCCGCACCUUCAAGGGACUCCGUGGUGUGUGCUCUGGCUUUGUGGUGGCCUUUGACAAGUUCUGGAACAUGGCUAUGGUGGACGUGGACGAGACGUACAGGAAGCCACUUCUAGGGGAGGCCCUGCACCAUGACCGGGCUCUCACUGUGACCAGGCUCUUCGACAGGCUGAAGCUGCAGGACAGCCCAGAGUCUUGCGGGGCCGAGCAGAAGAAGAGCAGUUCUGGCCAUGCUCAAGGAAAAGGGAUCACCCCGAAAGAACCCGCAGGAGACACCCCCACCCCUCACUUGCGCCGGUCUCCGCGGAAAGGUGUCAGGGCGGACGCCAGGUCGGCCCCGGCAGGAGAGGGAGCGCCGAAUCGUGGCGGCGAGGGGCGGACGGCUGUGUCCGAGAGGCGGGGCUCCAGGACUGAGAAAGGCCCUCGGGAAAAAGCGUCACAGCCCAAAGUGGACUAUCAGUGGGUACACACACGCCACAUAAACCAGCUCUUCAUUCGUGGAGAAAAUGUUCUGCUCGUCAACUUACAUUAGUAGAAUAAAUCUGUUCAUCUCAGAUGGGCGGCACUGUGUUUCUGCUCAGGCAUUCGACGACAUUAAUAUACAGUCACACAUCCUAUGUACAAACAGCAUCGUAGUUCUUGCGUCAGGGAUUUUUAUGUUUCUAACCUUAGAACACUGAGUCAUGAAAAAAUAAAUGAUCUGAUUGAUUCAUGUUCUGUUUCUGCUGUCCAAACCGAGAUAUGUAUUAUAACUGAGCAUGGCACCCA